AUGACCGUCCUACAGCCCCAAAAAACAGCCCUGAUUACUGGCGCAGCGUCCGGCGUCGGAUUUGCGACCGCAAAGAUCUGCCGUAGCCGCGGCAUGCACCUGGCCCUGCUGGACAUUGACGCCCCCAACCUCGAAAAGGCGAAACAUGCGCUGGCCGCAAUGGACCCUGCGCUCCAAACCGAAGCCUACGUCCUCGACGUGGGUGACCGGGAGAAAUGGGGCGAGGUUGCGGCGCAGAUCCGCGCGACUUUCUCCACGGUGGACCUGGUGAUGCUCAACGCGGGGAAGGGAUACAAGCCGCAGAGCAGUGCGCUCGAGGGGCGGGCGAAGCCCUGGGGGGAUGUCGAGUACUGGAAGAAGACAUUCGACACCAACGUGUUUGGCCCACUGAACGGACUGGAGGCCAUCAUCCCCCUCUUGCUGUCAUCUACCACUCCCAAAUCCAUCGUCGUCACCGGCUCCAAGCAGGGCAUCACUAACCCCCCUGGCGCCGGAAACCCGGCUUACAACGCCUCCAAGGCCGCCAUCAAGAGUCUGACGGAGCAUCUGGCACACGACCUGCGAUCGGACCCAGCGACCGCGCAUAUCUCGGUGCAUCUGCUUGUCCCUGGGUGGACGUGGACGGGCCUGAUGGGGAAUGUUGGGCCGACGGCGGAGAGCGAGGUGAAGAAGAUGGCUGGGGCGUGGUAUCCGAGUCAGGUUGCGGAGGAGCUGGUCAAGGGGCUUGAGAAGGGGUCGUUCUACAUUAUCUGCCCGGAUGAUGAGACUGAUGUAGCGUUGGACCAGGCGCGGAUGCAAUGGGCGAGCGAGGAUGUGAUUGAGGGGCGGCCGGCCUUGUCGCGAUGGGAUGCAGAAUGGAAAGGACGAGCGGAGGAGGCAAUCCAAGCUGAUGCUGCUCGACGGAGGGGGAAGAGUACCUAG